AUGGUCUCGAAGCUGACUCAUCUCCAAGUGGAGCUGCUGGAAGCAUUGCUGGAGUCGGGGCUGACCAAGGAGACCUUGAUCAAGGCACUGAGCGAAGCAGAACCCUACGGGCUCCAGAGCGAAAGUCAGCGUGCUAUCAAUGCCCUCCAGACUGAGAAAGGGGAGCCCUGUCCCGACAUCCCCAACCUCCCCAACGGAAUGGGGGAGUCCAGGGUAUCAGAAGAUGAAACCUCAGAUGACGGAGAGGAAUUUACCCCUCCAAUAAUGAAGGAGCUGGAAAACUUGAGCCCAGAGGAGGCUGCUCACCAGAAGGCUGUGGUGGAAAGACUAUUACAAGAGGAUCCCUGGCGAGUAGCAAAGAUGGUGAAGUCUUACCUCCAGCAGCACAACAUCCCCCAGCGUGAGGUGGUGGACACCACUGGUCUGAACCAAUCCCACCUCUCCCAACACCUCAACAAGGGCACUCCCAUGAAGACCCAAAAACGGGCAGCCCUGUACACGUGGUAUGUCCGGAAGCAGCGAGAGGUGGCCCAGCAAUUCACACACGCUGGCCAGGGUAUACUGACAGAUGAGCCCAUGGGAGAUGAUCUGCCCACCAAGAAGGGAAGAAGAAACCGCUUUAAAUGGGGUCCUGCCUCACAACAGAUCCUGUUCCAAGCCUACGAGAGGCAGAAAAACCCCAGCAAAGAAGAGAGGGAGGCACUGGUGGAAGAGUGCAACAGGGCAGAGUGUAUUCAGAGAGGUGUUUCCCCAUCUCAGGCCCAGGGACUGGGCUCAAACCUGGUGACAGAGGUCAGAGUUUACAACUGGUUUGCCAAUCGCAGGAAGGAGGAGGCUUUCCGCCACAAGCUGGCCAUGGACACCUUCAGUGGACCACAGCCCACCUCUGCCCCUCCUCUAGCUCCCCACAACUCUUCCUCCCUCCAGCCACCUCCUGCUCUCUCACCCAGCAAAGUUCACGGAGUUAGGUACAACCAGCAGCCAGCCAGUGAGGCAGAGUCCUCCAGCAGCAACCACCACGGGAACAGCUCCAUGGUGACCACCCAAACCAUCCUGCAUCAGGUUUCUCCCCCUGGACUGGAGCCCAGCCAGAACCUGCUGAGCACAGACACCAAGCUGGUAUCAGCACCUGGAGGAACUCUCCCUCCUGUCAGCACCCUGACUGCCCUGCACAGCCUAGAGCAAAGCCCCCACACGCUGAGCCAGCAGACCCAGAACCUGAUCAUGGCAUCCCUGCCGGGGGUCAUGGCAAUCGGGGCGGGCGAGACCCCGUCCCUGGCACCUGCCUUCACCAACACGGGAGCCUCCACCCUGGUGAUCGGCCUGGCCUCAACCCAGCCCCAGAGUGUUCCUGUAAUAAACAGCAUGGGGAGCAGCCUCACUACCCUGCAGCCCGUCCAGUUCUCCCAGCAACUGCAUCCAUCCUACCAGCAGCCCCUCAUGCAGCAAGUCCAGAGCCACAUCAACCAGAGCCCCUUCAUGGCUACCAUGGCGCAGAUACAGAACCCUCACACUCUCUAUGGCCCCAAAUCUGAAGUGACUCAAUACACACACACAGGCCUCUUACCACAAACCAUGGUGAUAACAGACACAGCCAAUCUCAGCGCCCUGACCAACCUGACACCAACGAAACAGGCAUUCACACCUGACUCAGAGACUCACACCGAGUCUGGGAUGCACACACCAGUGUCACAGGCACCAACAAUCCAUCUACAGAACCAAGACACAACCAUCCAGCACCUUCAGCCAGGCCCACGCCUCACCUCGAGCCCUGCUGUGUCCUCCAGCAGCCUGGUGCUGUACCAAAGCUCUGACUCCACCAACAGCCACAGCCAGCUGCUGCCAUCCACUCACAACGUCAUCGAGACCUUCAUCUCCACACAGAUGGCAUCUUCUACCCAGUAA